AUGAAGAUAUCAGAAAAGUUACACCAGGCUCAUAGUGAUGUUAGCAGUGUUCGUCCAUGUCCCACUACAUUUUCAUUUGAGUUUUUUGUACCUAAAACAUCACAGGGUGUACAGAAUCUUUAUGAUAGAAUGGAUAGGAUGUACGACUUGAACCCUAUUUUUAUUGAUAUUACUUGGAAUGCCGGUGGUAGAUCCUCUAAGCUAACUAAUGAGAUGGUCUACACUGCUCAAUCUGCUUUGGGGUUGGAAACGUGUAUGCAUUUAACGUGCACAAAUAUGAAGGUGGAGUUGAUUGAUGAAGCGUUGGACAAGGCCUAUAAGUCAGGGUGUCAAAAUAUCUUAGCAUUGCGAGGAGACUUACCCUUGGAUGGAAGUGAAUCAACUGGGGAUUUCAAAUAUGCCAAGGAUUUGAUAAAAUAUAUUCGAACUAAAUAUGGUGACCAUUUCAAUAUUGGAGUGGCUGCCUAUCCCGAGGGCCAUCCUGAGGAAGAGGACGAAAUGAGAACAUUACAUUAUUUAAAGGAAAAAUGCGAUACUGGCGCUGACUUUAUAAUAACCCAAAUGUUUUACGAUGUGGAUAAUUUUAUCUCCUGGUGUGAGAAGUUACGCAAAAUCGGAAUUGAGAUCCCCAUAAUCCCCGGUAUUAUGCCAAUAUCUACUUAUGCUGCAUUUGUCAGAAGAGCUAAAUGGUCAGAAAUUAGGAUACCACCACAUUUUUUAGAAGCAUUGGAUCCUAUUAAAGACGAUGAUUUCCUAGUUAGAGAAAAAGGUACAGAGUUGGUUAGUGAGAUGUGUUUGAAAUUGGUUAGAUCAGGGUAUGUAAACCAUUUACAUUUCUACACCAUGAACUUGGAAAAAGCAACGGUUAUGGUUUUAGAAAGAUUGAACCUCAUAGAAGCUAUUCAAUCACACGAUACUGUUAGAGGUGCAGAAUUACCAUGGAGAAAAUCAUUGCACCCAGAAAGAGUUAAAGAAUCAAUUCGUCCUAUCUUUUGGCAAAACAGGAAAUACUCCUAUGUUUCUAGAACAGCAACUUGGGACGAGUUCCCAAAUGGAAGAUGGGGAGACUCGAGGUCUCCUGCUUUUGGUGAUAUAGACUUGUGUGCAUCUGAAUUGUUAAGACAGUCGCCCAAGAGAGCAUAUGAGCUAUGGGAUACUCCUGCAAAUUUAAAAGAAUUGAGCGAAAUAGUUAUUUCGUACUUGAAGGGAGAUUUGAAAUCCUUGCCAUGGUUCGAUGGUGCCGUAGGAGACGAUACCAAAGUUAUAGUUGAUGAUUUGACCAAGUUGAACAAAAGAGGAUUGUUGACCAUGAAUUCGCAACCUGCACUCAACUCAGUAAAGUCCUCAGACAAGGUGUUUGGUUGGGGCCCUAAGAAUGGAUAUGUUUACCAAAAACAGUAUUUGGAAUUUUUCUGUCAUAGGGAUAUUAUUACUAAGUUGCUUAGUAGGAUUGACGAGUAUAAUUUGAACCAAGGCGAGUCGUCGCCAGCUAUAAUCUCAUAUUAUGCAGUUGAUUUAGCAGGCAAUUUAACAACAAAUUGUGAUGACGACGAUAUCAAUGCUGUCACAUGGGGAGUAUUCCCAGGUGAAGAGAUUCUACAACCAACCAUUGUGGAGAAGACCUCCUUUUUGGCAUGGAAAGAUGAAGUUUACAGACUUUUCUCAGAAUGGAAUAAAGUGUUGACUUCCAGUUUAGUAGAAAUUAAAGAUCAACAAAAACUACAAAGCUUUAGCAAUAUGAUGACUGAGUUCAGCCAAGACUUUGUCUUGUGUAACUUGGUUAAUAACGACUUUGUUGAUUCAAACUCAACACUAUUCAAUUUGAUUUAUAACUUAAAUCUUGACGAAUUAUCAUAA